AUGUCGCAAAUGGUGCGUGACAAGCAGGUCAGCGAUACCAUCGAUUCGAAGUUCGAAACAACGCAGCAAGGGACCGGCGGUCUGCGGACUGUCCUGACCUUUGCAUACUACUGUUUCAUUAAGCCACUCGGCAAGCAUGCUGGUCAAGGGGAUCGAUUGGACCGCUUCUAUGCAGGCCAAGCAAACGUAUAUGACAAGACAAGAACCACGCUACUGAAGGGUCGCGAGACAAUGUUGAGUAUGCUCGCGGCCGAGAUUAAGGAGCGCAAGAUGCUCGGCAAGGGUCUCGUUUGGGUCGAUAUUGGUGGAGGUACCGGUUACAACAUUGAAGCAAUGAAUGACAAUAUCCCGCUGAACCAGUUUGAGGCCAUCUACUUGGUAGACUUAUGUGGACCGCUUCUCGAUGUGGCCAGGCAGCGUCUCAAAGCAUUCACAAAUGUUCACAUCAUUCAAGCCGAUGCAACAGUGCUUCCACUCGAUCGCGACUAUGUCGAUGUCGUCACAAUGAGCUACAGUCUGAGCAUGAUUCCACCAUACUUCAAGGUGAUUGAUCGUGUUCUCGAGCUGCUUCGCCCAGAAGGUCUUGUUUCUGUCGUUGACUUCUUCACAAGCAAUAAGAAUGACGACAGUGCGGAACCAAGCCGCCAGGGGAACUUGCUCAACCGCCUCUUCUGGAAGUCAUGGUUUGAGUUCGAUCACGUUGAUCUGAAUCCAGCUCGUCGCGAUUAUCUUGAGCACAAGUUCCAGGUGGUCAAGUCUUUAUCGUGCCGCAACAACAUGAUCCUUCCCAGCAUCGUCUCGAUUCCUUACUACAUCUAUCUCGGUCAGAAACCUCUGGAGGGCUCGUCUCGCGCCAGUACGCCGUCGCUUGAGAGCAUGUCCUCUUCAAUGACAAAACACGCCAUGCCAGCGACACCUGAUGCCUCGCCCCUAAUUUCUUCAAAGCACAAGGAUCAGACUGUCCCGGAACUGACUAUCCCUAGUGCCUCUCUUGUUGAGGAUCCCGCAUGGACACGUCACCGUCGACCGUACGAUCCAACUGCCCCUGAUCAGGCACAAUUCAAGGACUUCAUUUAUUCUUUUGUGUGGGAAGAUCCAGCAACAGACAUUAGGGAGAUGCAAAUCAAUGGCAAUGACGAGAUGCUGGUCAUCACGUCUGCUGGCGACAAUGCAAUCGACUACCUCAUCAAUGCCGGUCCAAGCAGAAUCCACUGCGUCGACAUGAAUCCUUGCCAGGGACACUUGCUGGAACUCAAGAUGGCUGCAUUCCAAACGCUGUCAUUCAAUGAGACCUGGUCACUUUUCGGCGCUGGCCAGACGGACAAUUUCCCACAUCUCCUCGAGCGCAUGUCACCGAAACUCAGUUGUCCUGCAUUGCAGUUCUGGCAUGCUCAUGUUGAUGCGUUUGACAAGUGCUUCUACAAGUCUGGCUAUGCUGGGAAUGUCCUCAAGGUUCUCGACUAUCUGUUCACUUUGACUGGAACAAAACAGGCAGCAAUUGAUAUGGCUACCGCAACGGACUUGUCCCAGCAGCGAAAAGCUUGGAAGCGACUGCGCAAGGCAUUCAUCAAUCCCGUUGUUGGGACUGUCCUUAUGGCAAACCCCGUCUUCCUGUGGCAUGCGCUCGGUGUACCAUUGAAUCAGUUCAAGAUGUUGCUGCAGGAAGGCUCAGCAUUGCAAUAUGGCGUAGACACGCUCGAUCCGAUCGCUAACAAUACGUUGCUCUCUGGAGAAAACUUUCACUACCUGUUACCACUAUUGCAGCAUUACACACGCAGUUGUUGCCCAACUUACCUCAAGGCCGAGUCUCAUGAGCGUCUUGCAAGCGAGAACCUGCUUGACCGACUGACACUCUGGACAGAUACAAUCAACAACGUUCUUGCCCAGCUACCUCCGCAGUCGUUGACCAAAGCAAUUGUUAUGGACCAUCAAGAUUGGUUUGACACCAUUGAUCCGGGUGAACCAUUCCCAACUGACGCAGAAUUCGCCGAUGCACAGCAGCAGCAACCAUGUCUUGCACAUGAGAAGCAAGUCUCUGGCAUCUCCUACCUCGAUACGGAGAUUUGGCUCUUCAAGCGUGCCUUGAAGCCCAAAGGGCAGGUCUGGUUCAGGUCAGCUGCGAAACAGCCCUGGUAUGUGCAGCGAUGGGAGGCAGCUGGCUUCACUGUCACCAACAAAGGAGUGCGUGGAGAAACGACGAAGGAUGGUGUCCUCGACCUGGUCAACAUGUAUGCUUCAUGCUGGUGCGCUGAAUUACAAUAG